UGAGAGCUUGGUACAGCCCAAAGAGUUGUCAAGCUCACAGCAGCAAUCCCUGCCUCAACGGGGGAAGUUUCCUGUGACUUUGCAGACUGUCCAGACCAGAGGGUUCCGAAACCAGCUAGAAAUCAAAGUCAUGCUUGCUGUGGUGAAGCCUUUUAAAGGCCAGAAGUACCAUGAUAUCAAGCAGGAGUGCCUUCGAGAGCGCCGGCUCUUCGAGGACCCAGAAUUCCUCGCUGGGAAUGAGUCUCUCUUCUUCAGUCGCCGCCUGCCAGGCCCAGUGGAAUGGAAGCGUCCCAAGGACAUCUGCGACAACCCACACCUGUUUGUGGGGGGGAUCAGCUCCCAUGACUUACAUCAAGGGAAGCUGGGAAAUUGCUGGUUCGUAGCAGCCUGCUCUUGUCUGGCCCUCCAAGAAUGUCUCUGGAAAAAGGUGAUUCCUGAGGCGAAGGAACAGGACUGGGACUCCCGAAAGCCUGAGAAAUAUGCCGGAAUAUUCCACUUCCGCUUCUGGCAUUUUGGCGACUGGACUGAUGUGGUGAUUGAUGACCGUCUGCCCACCAUCAAUGGGGAGCUGAUCUUCUGCCACUCCAAUGUUCCCAAUGAAUUCUGGAGUGCCCUGCUAGAGAAGGCCUACGCCAAGCUGGCUGGCUGUUACGAGGCUCUGGACGGUGGGAGUACCGCAGACGCCAUCACAGACUUCACUGGAGCCGUGUCGGAAUCCAUCGACCUGAGGAAGGGCAACUACGGCAAGCACCUCCUGGAGCAGACCAAACUCUUUGAGGACCUGCUCAAGGCCCACAAUCGAGGGGGCCUCAUCAGCUGCUCCAUCCUGCCUGACAUUGCCAGUGAGCGUCAAGGGACCACGGAGCAGGGCCUUGUGAGAGGCCACGCAUACUCAGUCACUGAUAUCCGCAAGCUGCGUCUUGGAGAGCGACUCCUGGCUUUCUUCAAGGCUGAAAAGCUGUUCAUGAUCCGGAUGAGGAACCCAUGGGGAAAGCGGGAGUGGACCGGGCCCUGGAGUGACAGCUCUGAGGAGUGGCAAAGAGUGAGUGAAGUGGAGAGGAAGAACAUGGGACUCAAUGUGACGGAUGAUGGAGAGUUCUGGAUGGCCUUUGAUGACUGGUGCAACAAUUUCACCGAUGUGGACGUCUGCCGCAAUCUGAACACCUCCAUCUUCAGCAUCCAUAAGACCUGGGAGAAGGCCACCGUGCGAGGGGCUUGGCUGCACGAUGAGGACCCUCUGAUCAAUCGUGCUGGAGGCUGCUUCAACAACCGUGCUACUUUCCUGCAGAACCCCCAGUACGUCUUCAACGUCAAUAAGGAAGAGGACAAAGUUCUCAUCUCCCUGCAGCAGCGUGACCAGCGUCCUUACCGCAAGGAUGGCAGAGGAGACAACUACAUCAUUGGCUUUGAGAUCUUCCGGGUGGAGCUCAAUCGCGAGUACCGUCUCCAUCAGCUGCAGGUCCAGGAGAGGGUGGCAGGCUCCACCUAUGUGGACACGCGCACCGUGUUUCUGAGAACCAUCUUGAAGAAGGGCCGUUACGUCAUCAUCCCCACCCUGUUCCAGCCCGGAGACAUCAGCGAGUUCAUGCUAAGACUGUUCACCGACGUGCCCUCGGAGCUCAGGGAGCUCGCUCUGGACAAGCCCGAGCUCGGGUGUGAGAGCUUUCUGUGCGGCUAUCCCCAGCGUGUCACCCAGCUGAGCAUUCACAGCGUGGAGGGACUAGCUAGACAGAGUGGCUCAAGAAGUGCUAACCCCUACCUCAUCAUCAAGUGUGGGAAGGAAAGCGUCUGCACUCCCGUCCAGAAAGAAACCAUCGAUGCCAUUUUUGAUGCCCAGGCUAUAUUCUACCGCAAGAAUAUCAAAGAGCCCAUCAUAGUACAGGUCUGGAGCAAAAACCUCCUGUGUGACCGAUUCCUGGGGCAAGUGACCCUGGUAGGGGAGCCCAGCGACUCCCGGGAGCUGAGGACCCUCCAGCUUCGGGAUAAGGGUGCUCCAGAUGCCCCACCUGUGAGUGGGCACCUCAGCCUCAAGGUGGUGUCCACCGAUGACCUCUUGGAGCUCUGAAAGCCUGGCCCCAGCCUCCCUCUGGCAUCUUCCCAGGCAGAGUCUUUGGU